AUGGCAGUUCUUUUAAGAAUCCCUAAAACCUCAACGACAUCAUCGUCAAUAAAAUCACUCUCUUCUUGUAUAUCUCGAAGUUUUUCUUCAACUGCAUUGAAUUCCGAAACUGACCUCAAAGUACCUUCUUUUCUUUCCCAUAAUUCUCUGCCUCUCCGUCAAGAACCUAAGGAUAGAAAUGUCCAGUGGGUUUUUCUUGGUUGCCCUGGUGUAGGUAAAGGUACCUAUGCUUCCCGUCUUUCAAAUUUUCUCGGUGUUCCUCAUAUAGCCACCGGCGAUCUGGUUCGCGAGGAGCUCAAUUCCUCUGGCCCACUUGCUUCCCAGCUUAAGGAGAUUGUGAAUCGAGGGAAAUUGGUUUCUGAUGAGAUUAUUAUAAGCUUAUUGUCGAAGCGUCUUGAAGCUGGAGAAAGUAAGGGUGAAUCUGGUUUCAUUCUUGAUGGUUUCCCGCGAACUAUUAGACAAGCUGAAAUAUUAGAGGGAGUAACAGACGUUGACUUGGUGGUGAACCUAAAGCUUCAAGAAGAAGCACUGCUUGCAAAAUGCCUUGGGAGAAGGAUUUGUAGUCAGUGUGGAGGAAAUUACAAUGUUGCUUGCAUUGACAUUAAGGGUGAGAAUGGGAAGCCUGGAAUUUAUAUGGCUCCACUCCCAGCUCCUGCACAAUGUGUUCCAAACCUUAUCCAACGAGCUGAUGAUACUGAAGAAGUUGUUAAGGAACGACUUCGUAUUUACAAUGAAAUGAGUCAACCUGUUGAAGAGUUCUACCGCAGUCGUGGGAAGUUGUUGGAGUUCGAUCUUCCUGGAGGGAUUCCAGAAUCCUGGCCAAAGCUGCUGGAAGCUCUGAAUCUUGACCACGAGGAUAAAUGCUCUGCAGCAGCAUGA